CGCCACUGCGCGCUGUCCCCGGACGUGGGUACACUCAGGACUGUUGAGACCUCGAACUGGCCGCGUCCGAUCUUUCAAGCGGCGGCGGCGGCGGCGGUGGGGACGGCUGUUGCUAAGGAAGGGGACGCGCGGGGAAGCGCGGCCCGAGCGGCGGACGGUACCGAGCGCGACCGCCUAAGCGGCGCCCCCUCCUCCGGACCCUCCCCCACGCCCAGCGUCCUUGAAAGGAGCCGCGAGUGCAGUCCCCACCCCCGGAAGGCGCCCCGACGAGCCAACGCGACCCCGGAGCGCCGCUCGGAUUUUUGAUUCUUGAUUCACCUUCGGCUUCUGGGACUUUCUCGAAGGGGACGUGCGCUUCCCCUAGGAACCCCGAGGACCGCCGGCUCGGGGAGCCCCCCCCGGCACUGCCCGGAGGCGCGGCGAGGAUUGGCGGCGCCCCGCGGACCCCAGCCCUCCAGCGCCGGCCGGGGAUGGAGUCGCAGCCCGGCGGCGCCCGGAGCUGCCGGCGCGGGGCCCCCGGCGGCGCCUGCGACCUAGGCCCGGCGGCCGAGGCGGCGCCCAUGAGUCUGGCCAUCCACAGCACGACGGGCACCCGCUAUGAGCUGUCGGUGCCCCCGGACGAAACGGUGGAGGGGCUGCGCAAGCGGCUGUCCCAGCGGCUCAAAGUGCCCAAGGAGCGCCUGGCGCUGCUCCACAAAGACACCCGGCUCAGUUCGGGGAAGCUGCAGGAGUUCGGCGUGGGGGACGGCAGCAAGCUGACGCUGGUGCCCACCGUGGAGGCGGGCCUCAUGUCCCAGGCCUCAAGGCCAGAACAGUCUGUGAUGCAGGCCCUGGAGAGCCUGACCGAGACGCAGGUCAGUGACUUCUUGUCCGGCCGCUCGCCGCUGACCCUGGCGCUGCGCGUGGGUGACCACAUGAUGUUCGUCCAGCUGCAGCUUGCCGCCCAGCACGCCCCACUACAACACCGCCACGUGCUGGCUGCUGCCGCUGCCGCGGCCGCCGCGGCCCGGGGCGACCCCAGCAUGACCACCCCCGUGUCCUCUCCCUGCCGGCCUGUGUCCAGUGCUGCCCGAGUCCCCCCGAUGUCCAGCAGCCCUGCCCCUGCAUCCCCCUCACCUGUCACCGCCGGCUCUUUCCGAUCCCACUCAGCUUCUACCGCCUGCUCUGAGCAGAUGGACUGUUCGACCCCUGCCAGUGCUGGUACCAGCCCCACUCCCACCCCUGCGGGGAGCCCGACCUCCCGCUCCCGCAAACCUGGUGCCGUCAUUGAGAGCUUCGUGAACCAUGCCCCGGGGGUCUUCUCAGGGACCUUCUCUGGCACGCUGCACCCCAACUGCCAGGACAGCAGCGGGCGGCCGCGGCGUGACAUCGGCACCAUCCUACAGAUCCUCAAUGACCUUCUGAGUGCCACGCGGCACUACCAGGGCAUGCCCCCGUCCCUGACCCAGCUGCGCUGCCAUGCCCAGUGCACACCCACGUCUCCCGCCCCGGACCUCACCCCCAAAACUACCUCCUGUGAGAAGCUGGCGGCCGCAGCCCCGGCCUCCCUGAGCCAGGCCCGCAUGUGCAAGCCGCUGGGGGACCGGCUGCGGCAGACGGAAAACCGGGCCACGCGAUGCAAGGUGGAGCGUCUGCAGCUGCUUCUCCAGCAGAAGCGGCUCCGCAGGAAGGCCCGGCGCGACGCCCGCGGCCCCUACCACUGGCCGCCAAGCCGCAAGGCCGGCCGCAGCGACACCACCAGCGGCGGGGGAGGUGGCGGUCCCAGUGAGGCCUCCGGCUUGGGCCUCGACUUCGAGGACUCCGUUUGGAAGCCGGAAGUCAAUCCUGACAUUAAGUCAGAGUUCGUGGUGGCCUAGGAACCGCGUCCCUCACCUGACCACCCUGGGCCGGGAGUCCCCCAGCAUGGCCUGCGUGCGGGAGAGCAGGCGGUCAGGGCAGCGGGGGGGGCCCCUCCCUCCCCGCCAGCUUCCUUCUGGUUUUUUUUUUUUUUUUUUCGUUUUGUUGGUUUUUUUGUUCUUUGUUUUUUU